AUGGCUUCUAGUUCAGGUUUCCUCUUCGCCACCGUAGCUCUCCUCCUCGUCUUCAACAUCUCCAGCAAGACACUGCCGAUGACGCCGGAUUACGCCAACAUAGCGGCGAGGCUUAACGGAGGAGGACUAAUGGAGUGUUGGGAUGCUCUCUACGAGCUCAAAUCAUGCACCAAUGAAAUAGUUCUAUUCUUCCUCAACGGCGAGACCAAACUCGGUGUCGGAUGCUGUCACGCUGUCGAAGUCAUUUCCAACAAUUGUUGGCCGGCGAUGCUAACUUCCCUUGGCUUUACCUCUGAGGAAACCAACGUCCUUCGCGGCAUUUGUCAGUCUCCGAAUUCCGGUGGUUCUUCUCCGGCUACUUCCCCAGUAAAACUUUGA